CGCGAGGCGCGUGGGAGCUAAAGACGGAGGGGGAAACAUUGUGAAAGUUUUCUUUUAAAACAUGGAUCUCCCUCGACUACAAUUAUUUUCCUUUUUAUUCUUCAACACUAUCUUCGUCAGCCUCCAGUCCAAAGAACAUGUAUUGCUGGAUAUGAGGUCUUCAGGAGGAGAGCUGGGCUGGCUGACUUUGCCACAUGAGAACGGGUGGGAGAUUAUGCAGACGGUGGUGAACGGCUCCCUGUUCUAUACCUACAGCGUAUGCAGCAUAGACUCCACAGAGCAAGAGAACUGGCUACGCACAACUUUCAUCCAGCGGCGCCCGGGCACUGCGCGCGUCUCCGUGGAGCUGCGCUUCAUCGUGCGGGACUGCAACACCAUUGAUGGUGCUUCCGUGUCCUGCAAAGAGACCUUCAACCUUUUCAUCUCUGAGGUGGACGCCGACGUGGGGACCAACUUCCGCAAAGGGCAGUUCCGCAAAGUGGCCACCAUCGCGCCGGAUGAGGUCACACGCGAUGUGCUAAAGGUUAACACAGAGACCAGGACGGUGGGACCCUUGUCCAGGAAAGGCUUCUACCUGGCCUUUCAGGACAUGGGUGCGUGCGUAGGAAUCCUCUCCGUCCGCGUGUACUACAAGACCUGCCCAUCCACCGUGAAGAGUUUGGCGGCCUUCCCAGAGACGGUGGCAGACGCUCUCAGCGAGGUAGAGGGUGCCUGCGUGGAGAACGCAGUGAGUGGGUCCACCCCACGCAUCUACUGCACGGCAGAGGGUGAAUGGGUGGUUCCGGUGAGACAGUGCCAAUGUCUGGCGGGCUACGAAACCACCGGGGACUCGUGCCAAGAAUGCAAGCCGGGCUACUUCAAACCGUCUGUGAGCACGGAGCUUUGUCAGGUGUGUCCUGACAACACCAAGCCAUCCGCAGCCGGGGCCACCCUCUGCCAUUGUGAGGACGGUUUCUUCCGCUCGCCGUCAGACCUGCCGACAGCUGCCUGCUCCGCUCCACCCAGUGCUCCUCGUGACCUGACCUGCGCCACCCUGUCAGCAGACGGCAGGCUCCAGUUGUCCUGGAGUGCACCAUUGCUGAGCGGAGGGCGUAGCGACCUGAGCUACAGCGUGCGGUGCCAGCAGUGCGACAGGGCCUCAUGCGCCCCUUGCGGCGAGAAGAUCCGCUUUGAGCCUGGUCCCACCGACCUGCAGGACACCGCGGUCGUAGUCAGUGACCUGGACUCUCAUCUCAACUACACCUUCACCGUGGAGGUGCACAGUGGAGUGUCCCAGUACAGCACCUUGAGGCCCACUGCCACCAUCACCACUGCUCUGGACUACACUGACCCCCCAAAGGUUACCUUGAUCCACGUGGAUGAUCGCAGUCCCACCAGCUUGUCUCUGUCCUGGGCUUUGUCUCGCAGACCUCCCGCCCACGUCAGUCAACGCUACGAGCUGAUGUACCGCAAAAAGGACGGAGAUGGAGAGCGUGACGUAACCUCCUACACAGUCCUGAUUCUGGACAAGAGCUCGGUGCACAUCAACGACCUGACACCGGACAGUAUGUACAUGUUCAGGGUGCAGGCGCUCGGUCCAGAAGGCGGCGUUGGGAGCUACAGCGCGGAGUACGAGUUCCACACCUCGCCAUUAGCCGAGUCGCAGACCCAGAACUCUUCCACAAUGGUGAUGGGGUCUGUGGCAGGACUUGCCCUCAUUCUGCUGGUCGUGGUUGUCGUCCUGCUGCUGCGCAAAAGGAGGCUGAGGUCUCACCACCGAGGACCCGAGGAUCCUUACUUUUCAUCAGAUCAGUUGAAGCCUCUGAAGACGUACGUUGAUCCUCAUAUGUACGAGGAUCCCAACAUCGCCAUCCAGAAGUUUGUGACAGAGAUCGAUCCAAAUGCCGUCAGCAAACUAAAAGUCAUCGGCGUAGGCGAGUUUGGGGAGGUGUUCCGAGGCACGAUGAAGACGUCCGGGCGAGGCGAGGUGGCGGUGGCCAUCAAGACCCUCAAGCCGGGCUACUCGGAAAAGCAGAGGCAGGACUUCUUGAGCGAGGCCAGCAUAAUGGGACAGUUCUCACACCCCAACAUCAUCCGCCUGGAGGGAGUUGUCACCAAAUUCAAGCACACCAUGAUCGUGACAGAGUACAUGGAGAACGGAGCUUUGGACAUCUACCUGAAGGGCCGUGAUGGAGAGAUUCCCACCUACCAGCUAGCAGGAAUGUUGCGUGGAAUAUCCGCGGGCAUGAAGUACCUCUCAGACAUGAACUACGUGCACCGAGACCUGGCAGCCAGGAACGUUCUGGUCAACAGCGACCUGGAGUGUAAGGUGUCAGACUUUGGUCUGUCACGUGUCCUGGAGGACGACUCAGAGGGGACCUACACAACCAGAGGAGGUAAAAUUCCCAUCCGAUGGACGGCGCCUGAAGCCAUCGCGUACAGAAAGUUUACGUCGGCAAGCGACGUGUGGAGCUUUGGCAUCGUCAUGUGGGAAGUGAUGGCGUUUGGAGAGAGACCCUACUGGGACAUGAGCAACCAUGAGGUCAUGACCGCCAUCAACGAGGCCUUCAGGCUGCCCGCGCCCAUGGACUGCCCCUCUGCCAUCUACCAGCUCAUGCUCCAGUGUUGGCAGCACGACCGCGCCACAAGACCGCGCUUCUCCGACAUCGUCAACAUCCUGGACAAACUGCUGCAGAGUCCUGAAUCUUUGACCACCAUCGCAGACUUCGACCCACGCGUAUCCAUCCGCCUGCCCAGCACCAGCGGCUGUGACGGCACUAUGUUCCGAUCCGUUCCCGAGUGGCUGGACUCCAUCAAGAUGAGCCAGUACAAUGAAAGCUUUGCACGCGCGGGCAUCACCAGCAUGGAGCAGGUGCUCGCCUUGAGGCACGAAGACAUCAGGAAUAUUGGCGUCCGCUUGCCGGGUCACAUGAAAAGAAUCGCUUACAGCAUCCUGGGCCUGAAAGACGAGAGCGGCCCUCUGAGCGUGUUUGCAGUGUGACGCGCUGAGCGUGGGUCCAACACGGACGUGCACUGAAGCCUUAUGAGGACUAAACCUGGAGCCUCAAUCUCCUCCUGGCUGAACACAGGAAUAAGACUGAAAACACUAACGUACUUUAAAACCAUCGUCAUCGUCACACAAGCUUGUGUUGGGACUGAAUUAUGCGCUUUGUCAUUAACAGCUCAUUUUUAUGAUCUCUGGAACUUUGGAACCACGCUUCCACUCAGGGUAAAGAAUCACAGGAUCCUUUUUUGAAUUUACAUUAUGUCUUAAUACCGCCAUAAAUGUUUAUUUAAUAUUUAUUUUCUUUGAUAUUUAUGCUAUUUGUUACGAGAAAGGGUGGUAAAUAAAGUCAAGAGUUAUGAUUGCUGGAUCUUCAUACACUCAGUGACACAACAUUAGGUACACUUGCAGAUAUAUGGUUGCUGCCACAGAGGAGGGAACAAUACCGUGCUUGUAGUUUUACUAUGUUUGACCUACUGCAGCAUUAUUAGCAGGAAUUUAAGGAUUUUAAAAGAUAAUCUUAUUAAAGGCUCUUAAACAACCUUGAAUACUUUUGACCCUUGACCCGUGCUGCGUUAGACAGUCUACAAUGAACGUGAUAAUGC